AUGAGUGGUAAGUUCAAUGGGUUGAAAGCUUUGAUCUUGAGUGAUAAUGACUCGGCAUUUUAUAUACAUUGUUUUGCCCAUYAACUUCAAUUAGUAGUUGURGCGGUUGCAAAAAAACACGAAGGUGUUAARGACUUCUUUGAUUUGCUUGCUUUGGUUGUUACUGUUGUAAACUCUUCUUGCAAACGAAAAGAUAUGCUACGAGAAAGUCACAAAGAGAGAAUUCAAGAAGAAAUUGGAAAUGGGGAGAUUGAGACUGGUAAGGGGUUAAACCAAGAGAUUUCCCUUGUUCAAGCUGGAGAUACACGAUGGAAUUCUCAUCUUAAAACAAUCGUGAGUUUGAUUGCUUUGUUUCCAGAGGUCAUACAGGUGCUUGAAUAUGUCGAAGAUGAUGGUGAUAAUGGAGCUAGUUGGCUUCAAGCAAGAGGAUUAACAAAUUCAUUGUCUCAAGCUCUUCAAAGGAAAGAUGAAGACAUCUUGGAAGCUAUUGAUUUGAUAGGAACAACCAAAGGUCAAUURCAAAUGUUGAGGGAAAAUGGGUUUGAUCAAGUUUUGGAGAAAUGCUACUCUUUUUGUGAUAAACAUAAGAUUGUGAAGUUGAAUAUGACUGAAGCUUAUAUCCGAGAGUUUGGUGAUCGUUUUGGUGAGAUAAGCACCGACUUGCUUCAAAAUAUGGCGGCUUUGAAUCCACGCAAUUCGUUUUCUCAGUUUAACAAAUCAAGCCUAUUGAAGUUGAGUCAGAUGUACCCCCGAGAUUUUGAAGACAAGGAAAGGAUCAUUCUUGAGCAUGAACUUGAUAUCUACUAUCAUUCUGUUUAUAAUGAUGUCCGAUUUGCCAACUUAAACGGUAUUGCCGACCUUGCCAGAUUAAUGGUUGCAACAAGAAAGCAUCUUUCUCAUCCUUUAGUCUACCGGUUAUUGAAACUGACACUCGUUUUGCCUGUUGCAACUGCUACGGUUGAAAGAUGCUUUUCGGCGAUGAAGCUUGUUAAGACAGAUUUACGUAAUCGAAUUGGUGAUGAUUUUUUGAAUUCUGUCCUCAUUUGCGCCAUAGAAAAGGAAGCCCUUAGUAAUGUUAAAAACGAAGAUGUAAUCGAUCGUUUCCAAAAGAUGAAGACACACCGAGGACAAAUUUAG